AUGCUGGGAUUGCUGCCCUCCACCCUCACCCUGCCAGGCGGCAGCUGCCCCUUCCUCCCCGGCUGCACUCGGCUGCGGGGCGAUGAGACGGCCGCGCUGCCCGAGCUGCUCUUCCCCUUCACGUGCCGCAUGUGCGGGCUGGUGCUGGACGACGGGUUCGCGCAGGAUGAAGGCCUGGCCGAGCAGGUCUGCGGGCGCUGCAGCCUGGCAGUGCUGGGCACCGAGCCAGGCGCCAGCCCCCGCAAGGGCGCCGGGGACAAGGGCUUUGCCUGCAGCCUCUGCCCUUUUGUCACCCACUACCCCAACCACUUGGCGCGGCACAUGAAGACGCACCGGCGCAUCCACUCGGGCGACAAGCCUUUCCCAGGCAGCCUCUGCAGCUACAGCUGCAACCAGAGCAUGAACCUGAAGCGGCACAUGCUGCGGCACACGGGUGAGAAACCCUUCCAGUGCCGGGACUGCCCCUACACCACUGGCCACUGGGACAACUACAAGCGCCACCAGAAGAUCCACGGCCACACGGCUGAGAGCUGGGUAAACCCACGCAAUGCCAAAGCCCUCCUGGCCCCUCCUGCUGUGGGCGCAGCUCUGCCCUGAGACAGCACUUAGCCCCAUGCAGGGGCUCGGCAUGGGGCCCCGGGGGGCCUCCGCUGUGGGGCAUCCCGGCCAUGGGCCUGCCCUCCCUGGGGGAGGGAUGGCAGAAACUCCUCUGGGGCUCGGGCUGCCUUAAUCAGGGCCAGCUGUGCUGGGGGCAGCAGGGGCCCGCUCUCCAGCAGCCCUUUACCCCUGGGGCAGGGCAAAGCCACGGGCAGCACCCACCUCUGCCCAGCUCGGGCCCACCCCAGCCAGCAUGGCCACGAUCAGUUAUAGCGGUGGUGCUGCGUCCCGGGGGAGGGACCCUGUUCCUGCCUGUCAGAGCCUUCCUUGGCUGGAAUC